CUCUCUCUCUCUCUCUCUCUCUCUCUCUCUCUCUCUCUCUUUUUCUCUCUCUCUCUCUCUCUCUCUCUGCUGAAAUGGGAAGAGGAAGGGUAGAGCUGAAGCGGAUCGAGAACAAAAUCAAUCGCCAGGUGACUUUCGCCAAACGCCGAAACGGGCUUUUGAAGAAAGCCUACGAACUCUCUGUUCUCUGCGAUGCUGAGGUGGCUCUCAUCAUCUUCUCCAAUAGAGGAAAGCUCUACGAGUUUUGCAGCAGCUCCAGCAUGUUAAAAACAUUGGAGAGGUAUCAGAAAUGCAACUACGGAGCACCAGAACUUCCUGUCUCGACAAGGGAGACUCAGAGCUAUCAUCAGGAGUAUCUGAAGCUUAAGGCCCGCGUGGAGGCACUACAACGGUCCCAAAGGAAUCUUCUAGGUGAGGACUUGGGCCCGCUAAGCGGCAAGGAGCUCGAGACACUUGAAAGGCAGCUGGAUAUCUCGUUGAGGCAAAUCAGAUCAACCCGGACGCAAUGCAUGCUCGAUCAACUUGGAGAUCUUCAAAGAAGGGAACAUAUGCUUAGCGAAGCGAACAAGGCACUGAGUCGAAGGUUAGAGGAAGGAGCACAGGCAAAUCAUAAUCACGUGUGGGAACCAAAUGCACAUGCUGUGGACAGCUACAACCGACAACAACCCCAACAGCAAGGUGACGGAUUCUUCCAUCCGCUAGAGUGUGAGCCCACUCUCCACAUCGGGUAUCAACCAGAUCAGAUAACGAUAGCAGCACCAGGGCCGAGUGUAAAUAAUUACAUGCCGGGAUGGCUUGUAUAAAGUCACUCUGAGAAGGGAAAGUUUGUAAAGAAUGGUGUAUGAAGGCUUGCUGUGUACGUGAGCUUUGAUUCAGAUGGGUGCAUGUAUGCAUUGCAACAUUUUUUUUUCUCCAGAAAAUGCAUUGUGGGUUUAUGAUGUGGAUUUGUAGGAUUUCUAAGUCCAAAAGCUACAGAACAAAAAGGGAUUGCAAUAACAUGAGGUCAUGUCAAAUCACUUAUCCGAAUUUAAAGCCAUUCCUACCUUUCC